CGGCUUUCCGGGUGCGAAAACUUUUCGGGACCUUCGAGAAACGGGCCCCUGGUCUGGUUUGAAUUCAUGGCUCCUGCGGGACUAAAAACUACGUUAUACACCCGUGAAAAAGAUUCCGCCUAAGUCUUCGCUGUCGCGCCGUUUAUUUGACGCUAAUGUUGUGCGUAAUGGUGGAUAUUACAGCCUUGUAUCUGAAAAUGCUCAACAACUGAAAGUCUUCGAAAGAAUCUCGACACUUUUCACUCUCGAGGACGACAAUCUGUCCGUCGGACCGCGUAUUCUUUGUAAAGCCUUGGUCAAACGGCGCAUGAUAGUCGAUGACAGCUGAUGAUAGUCGGUGAAAAUUCGGGGAGAAUCAUUCAACUAUCAUCGACUAUCAUCGUGCUACCGACGGAUCGAAAAAUUCGAGGCGACUGUCAAAGAAGUCGCAAAUUUAAACUGAGAAUAUUACAAAAAGAAUAUUGUCUGUUGGACAGGAGAAGCUACAAACGGUGAAAAUACGCAUUGAAAAUGCUGUUCCAGCUCGUCUGGUACACCGGGCGUCUGGAGCAUUGUGUAGUUCAACACAGAGUCCAGGAAUUAACUGAACUGACAACGAUUUCCCGAAUCCCGUUGACAAAACCGCUAAAACAUCGUUGCUGCGAAUAAAAUUCGCAAUUCCAUCCCUUUGCUCGGCGCUUUAAAGUUGUCAACACCGUCGAACGUUUGGAGCAACUUUUGUUAUUGUCCAGAUCUUGAUUCUGGACUAGACAGAUUUAAACAGGCUUGUCAUUGGCUCGGCGCUGUCAAAGAAAUCGCGCUCUGCUCCAGAGGUUCGCGGGUCACAAUAGAGACAUGACCAACACGGGAAACCGCGGAAGAAAAAUCUCUGGCACCCAGGGUAGAGCUAUAGCGACUUAAAUGGCAAUAAAGACGUUGUCAUUGUUAGGACAAUAAUGACUUUGUCGAAUGCUAUGAUUUGGGAAGUCUUGAAGAUUUUACCGUGACUGGUCGAAACCUUGGAAAUAAUUUCUUUUUCGCGUACAAGCGAUAAAAGAUACCUUGGUAGGAGAGGAUGAAACAUCGGCGUUCCUUCCUAGAAUGCCUAGAAUGAAACUCUGCCAUCAUAAUAAGUUAAAGAUAAAAGGGAAAACGAGCACUUCUUAAUAGACCUUAAUAUCUGAGAGGAACCCACGAAUGUCCUUUAGUCCCCCCAGCCGCCACCCACCCCUCCCCCCCCUGCGCCACUCCUCUCCCUUCUUUGCUUUAUCGCACUUUCAUCGUAGGAAUUAGAGAAAAACGAAAACAGGGACCAAGAGGGUUCCUGUCUGUGCGGUUCGUACGCCUCGUCCUUUUACAACGCCUGUUCAAGCCUACCCCCAUCACGUGACUUCAAGUUCUGGUUGCGUGAAAGAAGAAAAGCCGUAAAAUGGCGGCAGACUGUAGAUAGAUAGACUCAGUGUUGCACAGUUGCGAAAUAUCUGGCUUUGUUUUCAGCAUUUUCUGGAUGAAAGACUCUAGUGCAAAGUACAUGUAACAUAGCACAAAGAAUUCUUCUGCCUUUUAGUAAAUUUUAAAAUGUCUCUACACCCGUCGUACGACGUUUGUGUGAUCGGAGCUGGUGUAGUAGGAAGUUCUGCAGCUCGUUACCUCGCUUCCAGAGGGCAAAAAACUCUUUUAUUGGAGCAGUUUCCUCUUCCACACUGGCGAGGCAGUUCUCAUGGGCAGACAAGAAUCAUUCGCUUCUCCUAUGCUGAAGCCUAUUAUACUAAAAUGGUUGGUGAAGCCCGUAAAAUGUGGGAAGAGAUUGAAACAAAAGCACAGCAGGAAAUAAUGAUAACAAACAUUGGAAUGUUAACUGUGGAACAAGAACCUGGUGAAGGAAUAAAAGAAAUAAUAAGUUCCCUUGAUGCUGCUGGAGAGAGUUAUGAAGUUUUGUCAAGCCAGAAACUGAAGAAAAGAUUUCCAGAAUUAAGCUUUCCAUCUUAUUACACUGGAUUACUAGAGCAUUCAGCAGGGAUUUUGAAAGCUGAUAAAUGCUUGAAAGUGUUACAGCAACAAUUUGUUGAGUUUGGUGGUACACUGAAGGAUGGUGAGGGUGCUGUUGAAGUCCAUCCAGGAUCUCUAGUUACAAUUAAGACUGCCAAGAAUUUGUUCACAGCUUCCAAGGUGAUAAUCACAGCAGGGCCAUGGACCAAUAAACUGCUAAAACCUUUAGGAAUUACCUUGCCUCUCAAACCAACAAAAGCUCCAGUUUUGUAUUGGAAGACAAAACAACCUGGUACAUACAGUCUGCAGAGUGGGUUUCCUACUUUCCAUGACUGCACAGUUUCUGAUGGCCGACUCUUAUAUGCAAUUCCUUCAUUUGAGUACCCUGAUAUGGUAAAGUUUGGGCCUACAGGUGCUUGCAAACUGCCAGAAAUUCGCAGGGAGAUUGACCCAGAUGCAAGGGACAUUCACAGAGACCUUGUAGAGGUGCAGAUACGAAGAACAAGCACAUACCUUCGGGAACACUUUCCUCACCUGGAUUAUCGAGAGCCUGCUAUAGUGGAAGCUUGCACUUAUACACUCACCCCUGAUGAGAACUUUGUGUUGGAUAAACAUCCCAAGUUUCCAAAUGUUAUCAUUGGCGCUGGCUUUUCUGCUCAUGGGUUUAAGCUUGGCCCAGUCAGUGGCAAGAUUCUGGCGCAACUAGCCAUGAAUGAAACGCCGUCCUAUGACAUGUCGCCAUUCAGGAUUGCGAGAUUCAAGCUAGGUCAACCCACAGCAUCACUUUGACAUUAGGAUUGGGCUUGAUGAGUAAUGGUGAUGGUACCAUGCUUGUGGUGCUUAUGAAGAUCACGGUGAUGAUGAUUACCAGUAGUUUUGGUUUUGUGCAAUCUGAAUAGAGGACUAAAAAAUUUAAGGUGGCUGAACACAGUUUUUGAUACUUGUGUUUCAUUCACCUUUUUCUCUAAAACCCUUGAUCUCU